AUGUGGGCAUCUUGGGUUCCUGGCUUGUGGCUGCUCAGUCUCUGGGCCGUGUGCAGCCGGGGGGCAGAUACAGGCGAGCAAUGCCCACCUUCACAACAGGAAGGACUCAAGUUGGAACACAGAAGCCAUUUAUCGACCAAUGUGACCGGCUUUAACCUCAUCCAUCGACUCGGCCUCCUGAAAACAUCUGCCAUUAAGAAGAUCCGCAACCCCAAGGGGCCUCUCAUCCUUCGACUGGGGGCAGCCCCGCUCACCCAGCCAGUGCGACGAGUAUUCCCUCGGGGCCUCCCCGAUGAGUUUGUCCUGGUGCUGACACUCUUGCUGAAGAAACACACCCACCAGAGCACAUGGUAUUUAUUUCAAGUGACCGAUGGAGAUGGGUACCCACAGAUUUCCCUGGAAGUCAACAGCCGAGAGCGGAGCCUGGAGCUCCGGGCCCGGGGCCAAGACGGCGACUUUGUGUCCUGCAUCUUCCCCGUGCCCCAGCUCUUUGACCUGCGCUGGCACAAGCUGGGGCUGAGUGUGGCUGAACGCGUGGCCUCCGUGCAUGUGGACUGCACCUCAGCCUCCUCUCAGCCUCUGGGGCCCCGGCGACCCCUGCGGCCCGUGGGCCACGUCUUUCUGGGCUUGGAUGCUGAGCAGGGGAAACCCGUCUCGUUUGACCUUCAGCAGGCACAUAUCUACUGUGACCCGGAGCUUGUGCUGGAGGAGGGAUGCUGUGAGAUUUUACCAGGAGGGUGUCCCCCAGAGACCUCCAAGGCCCGCCGGGACACCCAGAGCAAUGAGCUCAUCGAGAUCAAUCCACAGACUGAAGGCAAGGUCUACACCCGCUGCUUCUGCCUGGAGGAGCCUCAAAACAGCAAGGUGGAUGCCCAGCUGACAGGAAGCAUCAGCCAGAAGGCAGAGAGGGAAACAAAGGCCCGUCAGGAGACAGCAGCCGACGAGUGCCCACCCUGUGUCCGUGGUGCCCAGGAAAGCAAUGUCACAAUUGGUCCCUCUGGACCCAAGGGAGGGAAAGGUGAGCGAGGCCUGCCUGGCCCAUCAGGCCCCAAGGGAGAGAAGGGAGCCCGGGGCAGUGACUGUGUCCGAAUCUCCCCGGAUGCCCCACUUCAGUGUGCAGAAGGCCCGAAGGGAGAGAAGGGGGAGGCAGGAGCUUUGGGACCCUCAGGACUUCCGGGCUCUAUAGGCCAGAAGGGCCAGAAAGGCGAGAAGGGGGACGGAGGCAUCAAGGGCUCGCCGGGAAGGCCAGGCCGCGAUGGCCGGCCCGGGGAGAUCUGCGUCAUGGGGCCCAAAGGGCAGAAGGGAGACCCUGGCUUUGUUGGGCCUGAGGGGCUGGCAGGAGAGCCUGGGCGCCCUGGCCUCCCUGGGCCCCCUGGGAGAGGACUUCCUGGGACACCGGGGGACCCAGGCGGCCCGCCAGGCCCUAAGGGAGACAAGGGCAGCUUGGGGGUACCAGGAAAGGAAGGUCCUGGUGGGAAACCUGGGAAACCAGGGGUGCCGGGGCUGAAGGGAGAGAAGGGUGACCCCUGUGAAGUGUGCCCAACACUGCCUGAAGGCUUCCAGAACUUCGUGGGGCUCCCUGGAAAGCCAGGACCCAAGGGGGAGCCAGGUGAUCGGGCACCAGCCAAGGGAGACCCUGGCAUCCAAGGCCCCAAAGGAGAGAAGGGGGACUCCUGCUUGUCCUGCAGCUUAGCUGUAGGGGCCCAGCAUCUUGGGCCCUCCACAGGGGCCAAAGGAGAUGUGGGCCCCCCUGGCUUCGGUUUGCCUGGCCUCCCGGGGAAAGUUGGGGCUCCAGGGCCAGCAGGGCUGAAAGGAGAGAAGGGGAAUUUUGGGGAGGCAGGGCCAGCCGGCCGGCAGGGCCCACCAGGGCCAGUGGGACUCACAGGCAUCAAAGGGGAGAAGGGGGAGCCUUGUGAGCCAUGCCCAGCCCUGUCCAGGCCUCAGGAUGGGGACAGCUACAUGGUGACCUUGCCUGGCCCUCCUGGAGAGAAGGGAGAGCCUGGGCCUCCAGGCUAUGGCUUGCCAGGAAAACAGGGCAAGGCUGGAGAGCGUGGACUGAAGGGGCAGAAGGGUGAUGCUGGCAAUCCUGGAGAUCCUGGAGUGCCAGGCACCACGGGGCAGCCGGGACUGUCGGGAGAGCCGGGGGUUCGGGGCCCCAUGGGCCCCAAAGGAAAAAAGGGUGAUGGCUGCACUGCCUGUCCCAGCCUGCAGGGGGCAGUGACGAACACGGCGGGACUGCCUGGGAAGCCGGGCCCCAAAGGAGAGCCGGGCCCAGAAGGUGUGGGCCGGCCUGGUAAACCGGGCCAGCCUGGUCUACCUGGAGUUCAAGGGCCCCCAGGACUGAAGGGCACCCAGGGAGAGCCCGGGCCUCCAGGAAAGGGAGUCCAAGGGCCCCAGGGGGAAGCUGGAGUCCAGGGUUUGCCUGGCAUUCAGGGACUUCCAGGACCUCGGGGGCCACCUGGACCCGUUGGAGAGAAGGGCGUCAAGGGGUCUCCGGGACUGAAAGGAGCUGCUGGGCCUAUGGGUCCCCCUGGUGCCAGUGUCUCUGGGCCUCCGGGCCCGGAUGGGCAGCAAGGACAAAGUGGCCCUCCAGGAGCCAGAGGGAUGCCGGGUGAAAAGGGACCUCAGGGAGAGAAGGGUGAGCCAGGGGAGUGUUCCUGCCCCUCUCGAGGGGACCCCAUCUUCUCUGGCAUGCCGGGUGCUCCGGGACUUUGGAUGGGCAGCUCCUGGCAGCCGGGCCCGCAGGGUCCCCCAGGUGUUCCCGGACCACCUGGCCCUCCUGGAAUGCCCGGGCUACAGGGAGUGCCUGGAAACACCGGUUUGCCCGGACAGCCUGGGCUAACUGCGGAAUUGGGAUCCUUACCAAUUGAACAGCACCUCCUUAAGAGCCUGUGCAGGGACUGUGUCCAGGGGCAGACAGCCCACCCAGUUGCACUCCUGGAAAAAGGCGAGAAGGGAGACCAGGGUAUCCCCGGCGUGCCAGGCCUGGACAGCUGUGCCCGGUGCUUCACAGAGCGGGAGCGCCCAAGAGCUGAGGAGGCCCGGGGAGACAGCGGCGAGGGGGAUCCAGACUGUGCUGGGAGCCCCGGCCUGCCCGGUCCUCCAGGGCUGCCUGGCCAGAGAGGAGAAGAGGGUCCGCCUGGCAUGAGGGGCUCCCCAGGUCCUCCAGGCCCUAUUGGCCCCCCAGGUUUUCCUGGUGCUGUUGGCUCCCCCGGAUUGCCUGGUCUUCAAGGAGAGCGAGGCCUCAGGGGCCUGACAGGAGAGAAGGGGGAACCGGGUCCUCCAGGGCAACCUGGCUACCCAGGUGCCAUGGGCCCCCCAGGACUGCCCGGCAUCAAGGGGGAGCGGGGCUAUGUCGGGCCCCCAGGAGAGAAGGGAGAAUCGGGCCCACCAGGAUCUGAAGGCCUCCCAGGUGCCCCAGGCCCAGCGGGUCCCCGGGGAGAGCGAGGACCCCAAGGAAACUCGGGAGAGAAGGGCGACCAGGGAUUUCAAGGCCAGCCAGGCUUUCCCGGCCCACCGGGUCCCCCUGGAUUCCCGGGCAAAGCUGGAGCACCUGGCCCACCUGGCCCCCAAGCGGAGAAGGGCAGCGAAGGGAUUCGAGGCCCACCAGGCAUGCCUGGUCCCACCGGGCCACCAGGAUCUCCUGGGAUUCAGGGUCCUGCUGGUCUGGAUGGUCUGGAUGGGAAGGACGGCAAGCCUGGCUUGAGGGGGGACCCUGGUCCUGCUGGCCCCCCUGGACUCAUGGGACCCCCGGGCUUCAAGGGGAAAACGGGACACCCUGGCCUCCCAGGACCAAAGGGCGACUGUGGAAAACCAGGUCCCCCGGGCAGCAGUGGCCGGCCUGGAGCAGAGGGUGAGCCUGGUGCCAUGGGACUUCAGGGAAGACCCGGCCCCCCCGGCCAUAUCGGCCCACCAGGGCCUCCAGGCCAGCCAGGCCCAGCUGGGAUCUCUGCAAUGGGCCUAAAAGGAGAUCGGGGAGCCACUGGAGAAAGGGGCCUUCUAGGCCUUCCAGGCCAGCCUGGCCCCCCCGGACACCCUGGCCCCCCGGGUGAACCCGGUGCAGAUGGUGCGGCUGGCAAAGAGGGACCCCCUGGAAAACAGGGACUCUAUGGACCCCCUGGUCCAAAGGGUGAUCCAGGACCUUCAGGACAGAAGGGACAGGCAGGAGAGAAGGGGAGAGCUGGCAUGCCUGGCGGGCCUGGCAAGAGUGGCUCCAUGGGGCCUGCUGGGCCACCAGGUCCGGCAGGAGAGAGGGGCCACCCUGGCUCCCCGGGGCCUGUAGGGAGCCCUGGCUUGCCCGGGAUGCCUGGCUCCAUGGGAGACAUGGUGAAUUAUGAUGAAAUCAAGAGGUUCAUCAGACAAGAGAUCAUUAAAAUGUUUGAUGAGAGGAUGGCUUACUACACCUCCAGGAUGCAGUUCCCCAUGGAGAUGGCUGCAGCUCCAGGACGCCCAGGGCCCCCAGGGAAGGACGGUGCUCCAGGCCGGCCGGGCGCUCCGGGGUCACCCGGACUCCCUGGUCAGAUCGGCAGGGAAGGACGGCAGGGCGUGCCAGGAAUGAGAGGAUUGCCCGGGACCAAGGGUGAAAAGGGGGACAUUGGUGUCGGCAUUGCAGGAGACAAUGGUCUUCCCGGCCCCCCAGGUCCUCAAGGCCCUCCAGGGUAUGGCAAGAUGGGCGCCACUGGACCGAUGGGCCAGCAAGGCAUUCCUGGCAUCCCUGGCCCCCCGGGUCCCAUGGGCCAGCCAGGCAAGGCUGGCCACUGUAACCCCUCUGACUGCUUUGGGACCAUGCCCAUGGAGCAGCAGUACCCACCCAUGAAGAACAUGAAGGGGCCUUUCGGCUGAAAUCACCAGCUCUGUCAGAUGAAGGACUCCAUUGGGAACAUUUGGCUGAAACUUACAGGACUCUGUGAUGGGUUGUGAAUGUUUUGUUUUUCUUAAUUGCUAUUAAUAUUUUUUUAUCAAUAAAUGAACAAAACUACCUG